AUGCCAGCAGGUAGUGAUGACGAAUUGCAGCAAGUUGUGCAGCUCACCUUUCGACAGAGGCAUGAGGAGGUACUGGCAUGUGAGGCUGUGGUAGUUAUUGGUCGGAGAAGACCUUUUAAGACACCGAGACCGCGUUUGUUAGCACUGUGUCGUCCAUUUUCUGCUGCAGCUCCCACCGGAUCGCCGACGUCGAAUGCAACGCUUAACGUUGUUCAGGUAGGUGCGGAGCAGGCAACUAAUAUCAAAUUAGUGUUUGGUGUAGCCCGUCUCGUGGAUAUUGCGCAAGAGGAAGGUUUUGACGCAACGUUCAAUUUUGGAAGCAGCGGCUUGCUCUCAGUUAGGUUUGGAUCGUAUAUUCAACGCCAGAUGUUUGUCUCCGCCGUAAGGAGCGUCCUGCGUGACGUUCAGCUUCUGACCCCUGGUGCUACAACUGAUCACGAUGGUGUGCAGGCGCUUCUCCUGGACGAGGUUGGUGCUGCAACCGAACAUAAUAUUGUAGCGCAUGUGAAAAGCCAAAGGCGGGUAAAGCAUCGUGCGCUUACUACGGAGGAUGAACAGCAGUUGCAAGCGCUCCUGGGGCCACAUAGUUUCGAUGACAUUCGUGCUACCGAAAAACUGUUGUCUACACACCAGAAAAAAGCGGAGCUGCUAUCCGUGAAUGACCUUGUGAUUUCUGCUUGUGCGUGGGAGGAAGUGCGUGAACACAUUUCGAGCAUCAUGGAGGAUGUGGGGGAGAUGGAAGCACGUAUUGCACAGUACUCCAAGUGCAUUCUUUCCCAGAAGGAACAGCUGCAGAGAAUUGAGCAUCAACACAACACCCUACAACGGAAACAACAGAACCUUCACAAACUGCAGGAGCAGCUACAAGUAGUCAGAGGGCAGCUUAACUUACCACCACAGGUUACAGCGUUGCUCCAACGGGUGGGCGAAGCACGCAGCGAGGAUUUGGAAGAAUUCCUCUCUAACGAAAGCAAUGUGCGUCGCUUAUCCGACGCCGUAGGGCUCAUCACGUCACUUCUGCAGAACACAAAACUCGAGUCAGAUUACCCUAUUGCUUUAGUAGCCGCUCGCCGUGCGUUCUUCGCUGAGCAGCGCCGUGCGAUUGCUCACCGUACCAAGACGUAUAUAUUAGAUGCUAUUAGUCGUCACGAAAAGUUAUAUCUUACUGACCCCCGGCGAUUUAGCACGAAAAAUCAACUAAUAUGGAAAAUGCACUUGGGAGUUACGAACAUGAUGACGAGUUUUCAGGAACUUAUCAAAACCUUGAGGUACGUGGAUUUUGAGGGGUUCAUCGCGGUCUUACGCCGCUACCGGGUGUGCAUGCAGCGCGUUUACGCCCGAGAAAUGCAGAACUUUUUUAAGUACCUUCGUGGGCAACUUAAAAAGGUCGGUUCGCAUAGACCGUUUCUCAUUGGGGUGCGUGACUCUUCCGAUGGGAUUGUUUUCUCCGGGUCGGAAUCGACAAGGUCGGAGACUCCACAUCGGCGAGGUAGUUUGGCGAACAGUGAUGGUUUGCGGUGGACACCAACAUGCAGCCCUCUAGGUUACCCGCAUUCGUUUUGCCACAUGAGCGGCAGCUUCAGCAGGUUAAACAUUAGUGCACCCACUGAAGGCCAGUUGUUUGUUGACUUACCCGUUGCGUGUGACGAUACGCUUCGGCUCUACGAUCCGAUACACACACAAGCCGCCAAUGUGGGUCAUAAUUCUCCAACUCCAGCUCCGUCGCUGCUCGCUCCCACUGUCAGUAAAACAAACGGCCAAUUAAAACCUGAUGUAGCAUUUGCUAUGACACUAGAGGCGGCUUUCUGUAUGGUCCUACAGGAGGAGGACACUUUGCGGCGUUGCUUCGGUUUAGUGGAGGGGCGUGAAGAGUGUUCCAAGGGUGAAGAAAAUCACCAUGAUUUUACCCCCUCAGCUAGUGACGCUCUGUCAAAUGUUCCUGAGUCAGAUAAAGCCGGACUGCUGCGCGAGUCCCUUUUGGAGCUUUUUGGUGGCGAUAAAGUGGUCCAAUUUUAUUCUGGUGCUUUGAACACAGCGGCACCCAGUGCCAAGCAUAGCGAGAAAGAUGAUGUACCAUCCGCAAGAGUGGAUGUUGAUUGUGAUACCACCACUGCCGACAAGAACGAAGGAAAAGUGUGUACCAAGUUGGAAAAGGGGCAGGAAGAUGCCCAAAAGGGGUGCUAUUUGCAGAAAGAAUUGGUUGAUCUUGUGCAGUACAUUGGCGAGCGAUGUGAUAGACUGAAUGCGUUGCCCGCCAUGGUUAUGAUCAAGGCCUAUCGUCGUGAAGGCACACCCACUGCUUCGAGCUCUUUCUGCCAAUCGAUACUGCAGGCCCUCGAACCAAUUGUAGCAUCACUAAUUUCACAAAGCAUCAUGGAGCAGACGGCGUCGAUAAAGACGUGCGUGCGGCGGUAUGUCGUUGAUCCGUCUGGUUUGCUUAGUUGUUUUUCAGGGUUACCAACUCUUGUGCAAAGAUUAGAAACAAUGCACGAUUCCCUCCCGGUAGCAGUACGUACCCACAGCGAGUACGCUUCGGUUGUACUAACCCUCGUGGACCAGUGCUUCGAAUCCCUUAACUGCAUUACAAAUCUUGCCAAGUCAGAGGCCAAUUAUGAGGUAAAAUUAAGCAGGUUGGAAUGCAUUGUGCGCCGUGCAAACCGUAUUUUCAAUGCUGGUGGUGAAAAUGCAAAGUCUGCGGAGCACGGUUUUCUUCAACAGUACCGCCACCAAGCUUUUUUCUGUCUCUUUUAUGAAUCACUUCAUCCCAUGUCUAACGCGGUGGAGCUUCUGAGGGAGAGGUACGACUCUUCGUGUGCUCUGCGUGACCGCUACCGUGAACUGUAUCUGACACGUGCAGUACUUGUGAAGGAAUUCCCUGAAUUUGGUCCCUUUACACUUGUUGCUGAGGAUCUGGCCCAGGUGCACACUCCGGAUGACUUACGCAGCCAUGCCGCUUUUUCUGUGAGCGCUUUGCAGCUUUUGCUCACCUCACUACCGGAGGAAAUACGCUCCGGAAUUCCGGCAAGCAGCGGGAGAAUGAAGAAACAUUUUCUACGUGAUGUUGCUCGACGUAAAAAUGAAGUGGCCCUUCACUGUACAUUGCUCCAAAGAGCGUGGAGUGACUUUAGCGCGAUGUUUCUGCAGAAGUUUGAUUUCCUCGAGUCUAUAUUGCAGUGGUCGAUGUACGCCAAUCUAAACUUGGAUAUCAAGCGGCACGAGGUUGUCCAGCUGCUGCGGGCUGUCUAA